UGGGGCUGGCGGUCACACACUGCUCUCUGUAAGCAAGACAGACGGUUAGGGUUAGCUGGCUCUGCUGGAGACAUCGCUCACCUCUGUGUUCAUUUGCUAUGCUUAAGUAGGCAGUUCUUGAUGAUCCGCAGGUGUGGCCGCUCAGCCCGUGACGAGCAGGAGCAGGUGUGACUGCUCGGUUUCCAGGGCGACGCUGAUGAGAGCUCGGGACACGUGUCACACCAUCAAGAAUCCUCUUGAAGAUCAAGUUUGGCAGUUGUGCCUCAAGCUGAGGGAGAUAGUAGAACUUGUCUGUGCUCCCAAAAUCCAUACCAAUCAAGUAGCCUAUCUGAAGCUACUUGUUGAGGAAUAUUUGGAGUCUAGAGCAGCUAUUUUUUCAGACAGACCAUUAAAGCCAAAACACCACUUCCUCCUUCACUAUCCAGACCUUAUAAUUAAAUUUGGCCCUCUAAUUCGCCUCUGGACACUCCGCUUCGAAAGCAAGCACACAUAUUUUAAGCAGUGUGCACGGAAGCUCCAUAAUUUCAAAAACCUAUGUAGCACUUUGGCAGAAAGGCACCAAUUACUACAGGCCUAUUUACAUUCAGGGAGCUUUUUUCCAGGCAUUCUUCAAGUAGGCCAAGCCAAUGAAUUUGAUGAUCAAAUGUACAAUGGUGCCAUUCAAGAAGCUGUUAGACUAAGUGGUAUUAAGAAACAAAACACAGUAGAAACAGUUUCUGCCACAUACAAGGGAACUACCUACAGGAAAGGAAUGGCUGUACUUCUCAAUGUUAAUGACAGGGGUCAUGAGCUUGGUAGGAUUGUUGUUCUUCUGGUCAGUGAGGAGAAGGUUUAUUUUGUUUGUGAAAAGUCUCAAUCAGUGCCAGCCUUGGAUCUUGGUGUUCACAUCUUGCAGCAUGACACACAGAGACAUUAUGUUUGCAUUAGUGUGGACACCCUUGCUGAUUAUUACCCACUUCCAGUUUACAACUUUGAUGAUCACCUUGAUGUUUUUGUGCUUCAUCAUUCUGUUUUUUCAGGUGAAGUAUAAUGGAAGCCAGCAUUAAAAGUGUCCUCUCCUACUUGGAAAAUGAGUCACUGGAAAAGAUUCUACAACAUUUAUCAAGCAUUGGGGUUAGGACAGCUGAUGACAUGGAAUUCAUAAAAGAAGAUGAUUUGAAACACCUCCUGACACCAGUGGACUGCAGGAAACUACUUCAUGCCUUCAAAAGAAGAGAUACACAGCACAACACUCAGCAACGUGACUGUACCAUGGAAACUUCUGCUGAACCUGACUAUUUUUUGACUCUUACACCUGUACCUUAUCCUGAAACCUCACCCAAUUCAGAGCUUGCAUUGGAACCUUCAAGCCAUGUUUCUGUGCAGAAUAGCACUUGGGUUUCAACAUUUUCUGUGCCGUGGGAGAAAACACAUGAAAGCUUGAGAAGGUGUCUUGCACAGAGGAAACGACCAAAAGCUGCAGAUAGACGGCAUAUGGUGAGAGUCAUUGCAGAAGCAAUAAGACAGGUUUGCUUGAACCCCCCAUUCAGGCAGUGUGCUGAACUGGCUAAGAGCAUUGUGGAUAAAUAUCCUGAGUCUUUUGAAGACCGAACAGAAGAGGGAGAACAGCUUGGCAAUGGAUAUUACACUUUAAGCAAACAACUGAGGAUAAGGAUCGAUUUUUUAAACAGAGACAAUACCCUAACAAGACUUCGAAAACCAAAACGAAUGGUCCCUGCCGUGGACGAAGACCUGCCUGGACCAUCAAGAAAGUGUGCCAAAACUGAUAGCUACGGCUGUGUAAAUUGGCAGCCAUCACAGCUGCCUGAAGGACAAAAUAGAGAGUCUCUCUAUGAGAAGAAAAUAGAGCUAAUGACUAUUUAUUCCAAGGAGGGACAAAGAGGUGCAGACCAGAAGCGAGUCAUUGAUCUCAUGACAUUACUGUAUGAGCAACAGCGUCGUGACAUUAAUACAACACCUUCACCAACCAUGUCAGAUUUACAAAACGAGUGGCCAUUCCUCUUCAUGCAGAAGUUUUUACUACAGCACUUCUGCACAUUGACAGGAAUUGAGCUGGAAUCAAGACUACGAGAAUCACUUGCUGGCAAGGGGAAAAGAGUGCUACAAUAUUUCAGUAGUCAACUUUUGAAAUGGAACAAGGAAGUGAAGGCAGUCCUUCAUGGCAUUGAGAGACAGGUGGAAGACAUGGAUCCUGGACUUUCUGCAAUAGUAGUCAUGAUUGCUUACUUCAAAGAAAAGGAAGAAGCUGUUUUCCUCUUGGCUGAUGCAAGUAAUUUUUGUACAGUAUUGCCACACACUUUCUCUUAUGAAUAUUGUACUUGUGAUUUCUUGGGUGAAACUUCAAGGCUCAUCAUGCUCGGUAAAAAUCCCAGCACUAGACAUAUGCAAUAGAUCACAAUUUUAAGUGUAUAAGUAUAUUAAGUGUUAAGUAUAUUUGUGUCGAUUCACUGUGUGUGAACAAAGUUUUACGUCAUCUUGCACUUAGAUUCCAAAAAUCUCUAGUUGUCACUGAUCCAAUAGAAAAAAAGAGGUCAAUGCAUUUAUAAAAGCAAAAUGCUUUCAAAACUUCAUUUUAAAAGCUCACAACUCGUCAUGUGUAAUCCAUGUCUCCAGUAUUCUGUUAUAUGAUCAGGACUAUACAGACACCCAGAUUUUUACUAAAUGAAGUGCAAAAAUUCUACACUGUGCAUACAUGUGCAGGCACACUACCUGGCUGUGCAUUAGAGGAUGUUAUGAAAGUGAUCUGUGUAGCAAAGUUAUUUUUACCAAACAGUAAACCUUAUCAGAUUGAAUACUGUGCAAUGUCAACUUAAUUUUUUUAGGAGAGUCCAUUCUGGGGGCCAAAAAGUGGAUGCUUUCCAUCGAGGGCAGAGUUGUCCUCCAACUGAGUGACCGUUCCGAAUUCACUUCUGCUCUGGCUGUCCUUUUUGCAUCAUACUAUGUAUUUAACAUGGAAUAUCCUGCGGAGGCAGCCACUACAUUAGAAUUUAUCCAGAGGUAAGCACUUAUUUGUUGUUGAUAUAUUUUUGACUAGGAAUGGGAACAAAUAUUUGAGUACUCAUUUUUUAACCACCUACCCGACUAGUAAAAAUACUUCUCAAAGUGUUUGUUUGGGUUUAUGUGGACUGUUGUGUAAUUGUUAAACAUCAAACUUUUAUUUUAACUCACCAUGCAAAUGGAAGAAAAGUAAGCACAGCUAGUCUAAAGUCUAAAUUUCAUGCACAUCACAUUUUCUUUUCGUCACUUUUAAUACUAAAGUACUUGGUUUUAGAGUACUUAACUUUCUAAAUUACUCAAAAUUCCCAUCUCUACUCUUCACACUUCCAUUAAUGUGCUCACUGUAAAUCUGUAGUACACUCCCAUGCAGCAGCAAGUCCCUCUAUCAGGGUUCUUUUUUUGUCAUUGUGGAGAGCGCAGUGCAUGGUUGCAAAGCAACGACAGACGCCACAGGAAAAUCUGACUGAAUUUUUACUAUUAAUAAUAAAAGAU